GAUGAUUUCAACAAUGACCAUCAUCACUCUUUUGUUGCUCUCAGUUUCUUGCCUUCUAUCAUAUUCAGAAGGAAUCAGCAGAGCCGACUUUCCACCAGGAUUUGUCUUUGGAACAGCUUCUUCGGCCAUCCAGUUUGAAGGAGCUGUGGAUGAAGGGAACAAGGGAAACAGCAUAUGGGACACUUUCAGUCGACGACCAGGGAGGAUAUUGGACUUCAGCAACGCAGAUACGGCAGUGGACCAAUAUCAUCGCUUUAAGACUGAUGUAGAGUUGAUGAAGAACUUGGGCAUGGAUGCUUACAGAUUCUCAAUAUCAUGGCCACGAAUCUUCCCGAAUGGAACCGGAGAAGUAAAUCCAGAAGGAGUAAAUUACUACAAUAGACUCAUAGAUGCUCUGCUAGAAAAGGGAAUCCAACCUUAUGUCACUCUGUAUCAUUGGGAUCUUCCGCAGGCACUUGAAGAUAGAUAUGAAGGAUGGUUGAGCAAACAGAUAGUAAAAGACUUUGAGCAUUAUGCUUUCACCUGCUUCAAACUUUUUGGAGAUAGAGUUAAACACUGGAUCACCUUCAACGAGCCUCAUGGAUUUGCGAUUCAAGGUUACGACACAGGCAUUCAAGCUCCAGGGAGGUGUUCCAUUCUUGGGCACUUGUUCUGCAAAAUGGGCAAAUCAUCCACAGAACCAUAUAUUGUUGCACACAAUAUCCUCUUAUCCCAUGCAGCUGCUUUUCACUCCUAUCAGCUCCACUUCAAGGAAAGACAAGGAGGCCUGAUUGGAAUAGCACUUGAUGCAAAAUGGUAUGAACCAAUAUCUGAGACUGAUGAGGACAAGGAUGCUGCACAAAGAGCUAUGGAUUUCGGGCUUGGAUGGUUCCUAGAUCCCCUUUUCUUUGGCGAAUACCCUCAUUCUAUGCAGAAUCUUGUAGAUGAUAGACUCCCUACAAUCACACCUAAGAUGUCCCAAAGUUUGCUCGGCUCACUGGAUUUUGUAGGCCUAAAUCAUUACACCACAUUAUAUGCCCGAAAUGAUAGGACCAGGAUUCGGAAACUGGUGUUGCAGGAUGCUUCAACUGAUGCAGCGGUUAUUACAACCUCUUCAAAGGGUGGAGUUGCAAUUGGAGAAAGAGCUGCCUCAGGCUGGUUGCACAUUGUUCCAUGGGGUUUCCAGAAAUUGGCAAUAUAUGUGAAGGAUAAAUAUGGGAACCCACCAGUUUUUAUAACAGAAAAUGGUAUGGAUGAUCCAAACAAACAUUUUACGCCCUUAAGCAUAGCUUUACAAGACAACAAGAGAAUUCGCUACCACAGGGACUACCUCUCUAACUUAUCUACUGCUAUAAGGCAAGAUGGCUGUGAUGUGCGUGGUUACUUUGUGUGGUCAUUGCUUGACAACUGGGAAUGGAACAACGGCUACACUGUCCGCUUUGGACUCUACUUCAUCGACUACAAGAAAAACCUUACAAGGAUCCCAAAGGCUUCUGUUGAGUGGUUCAAAGGUAUUCUCAUACAGCAAGAAUCGUGACCUCUGUUACUUGGAUCUAUGAAUGCCUGUCACUUCACAUCAACCAUAUGAUGUACCACCAGAGGAUUCUCAACGUAUAUAAUAUCAAUUUAUUGAUACUACAGCUGCAAAGACAAAUGACUCAAAUUGUGAAGCUCUUUUUCCCACAGAAUUUAUAAGCUGAGCCAGGAAGAUAACUGUAAAAACUUCAAGUCAUGCAUUUAAAAAGCCGACAAUGAGCUAACAUACACAAUUUCUGGCCCCACGGACUGCACAAACCCCAAUGGGAGAAAUAUGCAAGUGGUUGCCUAAAGGAAAGAAUAGACAAUCAAUACAUUGUUCACAUACUUGGAUGUAAUUGCAGAUUUUUAUUGUCUCAAGGAUUCCCUCA